AAAUUCGACACUGCGCGAGCGCUAACGUUACUGGAGGGGAUUUCUGUAGGAAACCUGGCACCUGCGUUGGCGUGUGUGUUUCACUGUUCUCGCCUGGUUUCGCUUUGAGGCCGCGGUUUCACCCCCGAGCUGGGAAAAAAAAAAAGCAUUUAUAGAGAAGUCUGCCUGUCAGUGACCUCAUAUUUUCCGGCGCCUCCCUCGUCAUUAAUGCGAAGUGUUUACAGUGUCUUCAUUAGCAGCCGGCCCUCUUGUGAUAACAGAGCUUUAAAGAAGGCUCCAACGGCCGUGAUAAGGUUGGCCACGCUACUAUUUUGGUUGACGAAAGUCCCCGUGUUUACUCUGGGAGCAUGGGAGCGGACAUCAGGACUGUGAUCCUCGCAUUGAGGACCACCAUUUUCAAACAUUGCCACCGCAAAGUCCGUUUUCGGGCCAGCAAGAAGGGAAAGCGGUUUAUGGGAGACUUGGUUCUGAAAUGCAGAUCUCCAGAGCUUUCCUGUUCCGGCUGUGUUGGAGUCUGGUGCUUUCAGCCCACUACUGCACCUGCAAGACCCUCGCCAGCGAGGACCCGGAGGAGCUCUACUCCCAGCUGUCACUGGACCUCGCCGAGGAGGAAGACGCCGACUCGAGAAUGGAGACCCUCCUGGGAACCAUGAAGGAGGGUUUUCUGAGGCAGCUCAACCUGUCGGAGGUUCCCAAGGAGCACGGCAAGAUCUCCCCCCCUCAGUUCAUGAUGGAGUUGUACAACAAGUACGCCUCGAACAGCUUGGCAGCGCCUCAGUCGGACGUCAUACGAAGCUUCACCGUGCAAGAUAUCGUCUCGGUGACCGAUGGCACAAUGUCUAAACACAGGCUGGAGUUCAACAUCAGCAUUCCCGCUCACGAGAAGAUCACCGCCGCCGAGCUGCAGCUCCUUCUCCUUCCAGGUCCGAGGUCGAAGGUCACCUCCACCGACUUCCAGGCCACGGUCAAAGUCUAUGAAGUCAACGACACCAGCUUCACGGCGCCGACGCAGCUGCUGGCUGGCAAAGAGGUGGCGGGUUCGCAGAGCAGGUGGGCCACGUUCGACGUGACGGCGGCGAUAAAGUCGAGACGAGGAGCGACGAGUUUCGACGUAACGCUGGACGAGAAGAACUGCGGCUUGUCUGAGGCGGAAAGUAAAGGAUGUCUGAGUCUGAGCCUGUCCGUUGGCGAUAACACCUCGGCAGCUUUGAUCGUCUUCUCUGACGACCUCGGGAGCAGGAGGUGGGAGUCCAAGAAGGAGCUGAACGAGAUGAUCCUUCACGAGGAGGAAGCCAUCCUGCACUCCGGAGUCAACCAACUUCCCGAUGAGCUGGCGGAGCUCCAGCCCACGCGAAGGAAGAAGAGAAAGGCGGAGAGGGAGUACUGCAGGAGGACGUCGCUCAAGGUCAGCUUUAAAGACAUCGGCUGGGACAGCUGGAUCGUGGCUCCCCCGGAAUACGACGCCUUCGAGUGCCGGGGCUUGUGCUACUACCCGCUGACGGACGAAUCCACCCCGUCGAAGCACGCCCUCAUCCAGACCCUCAUGAACAUCAGGGACCCCAGGACGGCCAACAUGGCGUGCUGCGUCCCCAUCAAGCUGGACCCCAUCACGGUCAUGUAUAAGGAGAACGGGCGCCUCACGAUAAGAUACCUGUACGAGGAGAUGAAGGUGGCCGAGUGUGGCUGCAGGUAGUGAGAGAU